AAUCGAUCAAUGAGAAUAUUUUCUUGUAAUGUACAACUGCAGAUCCGACAUCUAUUGGUCACAACUUAAGCAACAUAAAUCAAAUUAUGGUCGGAGGGGGGUGAAGUUACUGCAUUGUUUUGUGAAUUGAAAUUGAUUGUAAAGCUAUACAUAAUAGUUGUUUAUACAGUUGCACAUAAAUAAGCGCUAUUAUUUCUUUUAUAGAUUUUUUACUUUUUAUGCACCUAGUUAUCUUUAUUAGUAUGUCUCAUUCUUUGCCGUACGUUGAUUCAUUUUUUCUCAAUUCUCUACUCUAUACUACUGCAACGAACUACAACUGACACAGGUAAGUAUUUUUAUCGUAUGUGCAAAUCGCACAGUGGCAAUCGAAAAACAUAGAAGCAAGGAGAUUAUUCAUCUCUUGAUUGUCCUCGACGUAUUAUUCAACUUGUCAGCUUGUAACUGUAAUUGGCUGUUAUUCGAAGAACGAACAACUAUUACCACUCUAUAGUUUCAUUGAGUUUAAAGCGAAUACACUGGAGGAGCGCCAUAGCAUCAUACCAUAUUUUCUAUAAUGGCAUGUCGAAGCAAGGUUAUGUCAUUCUCUUUUGUGCGGAGGGGCAAGACAUUUUUACACGACAUCCUGGACUAUAAAAGAAUGAAUGAACAUUUUUUAAUUUGCGUUUUCAUUUAGGGUACUACUGCAUAACAAACAGGAUGAUGUCAAAAGUUAAAUGAACCAGAGGACGUAUUGAGCAUGAACUCUUAGGUUAUGGAUGAAAAUAUUGUAAGCGUUGUGCUCAAGGAAGAACCUGGAGAAAAAUACGAACCAAACUACAUGGAGGACAUUUGUUUGGGAACUUUUGAUAAGGUCUUUCAACCCAUCGACCAUCAUGAGGUGGAUUUUCCUGAUGACAUGGUAAAACUAGAAUUAGAUGGAGAAAGUAGCCAUCAUCACUGGGCAGCUCAAUUAGCAAGUGCAACUUUAUCUGAUAAUGGAGAAUAUGGUGGACAAGGUGACCAUCACUUCCUUAAUACAAGUGCAGCACAAAAGUUUUAUAAAAUUCAGUGUACAUUAUGCAAAAAAUGGUUUUUAAAUAAUGAUUCUAUGGUGACACAUUUAAAAAUGCACUGUAGUGGCAAUACUUGUGAAGUUUGUCAUCAAAAUUUUAUUGAUAAUGCAGGCUUACAUGCACAUAUGUUAUCUCAUGUUGGUAUGAGUCCAGUAGAAUGUACAAUAUGUCAAAAAAGAUUUGCAUACAAAUGGUGUUUACGUAAUCACAUGCAAACUCAUAUGCCAAAUAAACAAUUAGAAUAUGAUAGCUUACAACAAGCUUUUUUGAAAAGAUAUGGUCAAAAUAAUGAUCAUAUGAUACGUGAUGAAGAAAGGCCUUACACAUGUCAAAUUUGUCAAACAUCAUUUAGGGAAAAAGGAAAUUUAAAUCGCCAUAUGUUAAUUCAUACUGGUGAAAAACCUUACAAAUGUGAAAUAUGUUUUGCUUCAUUUCGUGAAAAAGCUAAAUUAAAUAUUCAUAUGCCAGUUCAUACUGGUCAUAAGCAAUUCAAAUGUACUAUGUGUCAUCGGUCAUUUGCCCAAAAAACUGCAUUAAAUAAUCAUAUGCUAGCACACAGUGGAGAAAAACCCCAUGCUUGCAAUAUUUGUGAAAAAACUUAUAAAAGAAAGUCUGAGUUAAUUAGGCAUACAAUGAUCCAUACUGGAGAAAGACCAUAUGAAUGUCAGGAAUGUUUAAUGACUUUUAGAGAAAAAGCAAAAUUAAAUUCUCAUAUGCUGGUACACACAGGUGAAAAACCACAUGAAUGUCAUAUAUGUCACAAAGCAUGUGCUCGUAAAUCAGAUUUAAAUAGUCAUAUGCUGUCACAUACUGGAGGACAAUAUGACUGUAAAGUUUGUGAUAAAAUUUUUACCAGGAAAUCAGACUUAAAUAGACAUAUUUUGGUUCAUACUGGAGAAAAACCUUAUGCAUGUGAAUAUUGCGAUAUGGCUUUUCGAGAAAAGACAAGACUAAAUUCACAUAUGGUGAUUCAUACAGGAGAUAAAAGGCAUAUUUGUCAUAUUUGUCAUAAGGGUUUCCGAGAAAAAUCAAUGCUACGCAAACAUAUGCUAAGUCAUACUGGAGAUCGACCGUACGAAUGUUAUGUUUGUCAAAAGGCAUUUACUCAAAAAACAACUCUUAACAGCCAUAUUUUAACACACACAGCAGAAGCAUCUUAUGAAUGCACUAUAUGUAGAAAAGUUUACAGAGAAAGAUUGGCAUUGCGAAAGCAUCUUGUAACACAUACUACAGACAAAAAUAAUGAAUGUCCUAUUUGUUUAAAAAAAUUCACUCAUAAAACGGCGUUAAGUAGUCAUAUAACAACGUGUCAUUCUUUGUAACUAGAGCCCGGUUGCAGAAAUAAAAAUCGCCAAAUAGUUAAUCAAGACAUGCGAACAUAUAUUAAACAGCAAGCACUUAGCAUCUGGACUUUAUACAAUGGUGUUUUUAAUCCAUUAUUUUAUCGCAAGGCACCAAUGUAUGCCUUUAUUAAAUAAUAUUUAAUUUUUUAAAAGAAAAUAUCGAUAAUUUCUUAAAUAUUUCGAAAUUAUUCAUUUUUCAAAUCAACAUUGUCGCAUGAAUUAACUAAAAGGACGCUUUACUUUAUGCAACCGGGCUACGAGGUCUAGUCUAAUAUGGAAUUUUUCUCAAUUUUUAAAUUGUCUUCUAUCUUCCGUCAAUUCCGCGUGUCCGUGCCUGAUAUAUUGAAGUAGUGUAAUAAAUUUAAUUUUUUUCGUAUAACACAAAUUAAUUUUUUUACUAUUGCUAAU